AUGUUUAGAUCAAUCGUAGAAUUGACGGACGAUAUAUCUGAUCCUAUCAAUUUGUACACAAUAAUUGGACCAAUCUAUCCCAAUUUCACCUCGCUUUCACCAAACAAAGAUGUAAACAAAGUAUUUGCACUACGCUAUGCUAUCAGUCGUCUUAAUUCCCAAUUUGAACAUCCUAUUCACCAACGAGACGAAUCCCUAUGUCGACAGAUUUCUAUUUAUCGAGGAAUUCAAAGUAGUAUUCAAGUUGUUGAAGGAGUGAAGGCUGCAGUAGGUAGUAUUGUUGGCAAAACUUCGUUUGGAUCCUUUUCUUUUGACGAAAACACGGCAAAAUCCUUUGCGACGGGAGAUAUGAAUCAUCCAUGCAGACAGCCGGUUCUAGAAAAGAUCAAUAUAUCUACGAAUUAUGGAGAAGUACUUCAUAGAAGUUUAUCGCGCAAAACCCAAUCUUAUGGUGAUGUUAUAAUUCUCCCAUGUCAGUCACUAUUUCGAGUUGAUAAAGUGGAAUCCACUGAACUACUAUGGAACGUUGAAGCGACUCUUAUUGAUGAAGACGAUGAACAGUGUCGUUCAACUAUUGGUCCAUGGUCGAAACUCCUUAAUGAACACUGGCGAUUCGAACCAAGGAUGCAACAAUCGUAUUUUCGUUAUUUGGAUACGAAUAACACGUCGUUUCUAAAAUUUCAAGUGCUCGUCGACGCAAUUCUUCGACUCGACGCUAAUGACUUUGCCAAAGAAGAACUCGUUGAACUAUGUCGAUUAAAAUACACAAAUGACACAAAAACAUUAAAGCACAUUGAUAUUUUUGAAGAGACAUAUCGAAGUGAAAAUGCUGUGUCAUGGUACAGCCGCGAUUGGUUCCUCUUUCGUACACUUAAUGAAGCUCUCCGACAGGAAAAUUAUGAUACAAUUAUCAAACUCCGCUAUUUUAUCCGUGAUUUGCAUAAUCAAUUGGCCGAGUUGCAAAUAGACUACCUCCGAUCGUUACCGAGUACUCAGUCAAACAUUGUGCUGUACCGUGGACAAAUAAUACCUCAGACAGAACUUGAACAUCUGCAACGAUAUCAAUGCAGUCUUAUUUCCAUGAACAGCUUUCUCUCAACCACUAACAACUACCAAGCCGCUGUGUUCUUUUCUGGUGAAGGCACUGCCGAUGUCGAUGAAGGAUAUGCUUCCGUUAUUUUUGAAAUAUCGAUUGAUACACGUCUACCUCUCAGUAUUCCUUUCGCUCGAAUUGAAUAUCAGAGUAUUUUUCAAGAUGAAGAAGAAAUUCUUUUUUCAAUGGCGGCUGUCUUUCGUAUUCAAAAUGUUGAGAAAAUUCAAGACAAUUUGUGGUGCGUAAAAAUGAUACUUGACAGAAAUAUGGAUGAUGAACAAUGGCUAUUUCUCACCAGCCAUCUGAAUGACUAA